CUGCCAUCUUGAUUUUACAUCACUUCCCAUUCGUAUCCCAGAAGUUAAUCUGGUGAAUGGUGUUGUCUGGGAAGAUGACUUAAAUCUUUAACUAAAACUAGGGUUGCAUUUACCAGUUUUUUGUCAUCACGAGGUAGCCAUAUCAGAAUAGCUUACCAUGGAAGAAUUGUUGAAGGCAAUCCAGUCAGAAGAUACUGGCCGUACACUUAGGAGACGGAAUACUACAGCCAGCAGGACAAGACGUAAUCGAAUGCUUGAUAAGCAGCCAAAUGGCAGGCCUGCAAUGUCCUGUCUUGACAGUUCUUCAGUGGGUGUUGUUAUAUCCAACAGUGAAAAUGAGAAAAAACUGUUAAUGAAUACAGAUAAAGAGCAUCUGAUUCUUGACAUGACUGGAAAAACCCUGGGCUCUGAAGUCCAGGAGGAGCAAGAUGUUAUCACCUGGUGUCAUGAAUGCAAUGCAAAAAGCAUUGGUGAAUGCUUCAUUCAUGGAAAAGUAAUAGCUGUGACUGACAACAAAUUGCCUAGUCGAGCUCGUUUGUCACUACCAUCAAUUCUGGUGCUGAAAAAAAUCAAGGAAAGUAUUCCAGAGAAAUAUGGUGUUUUUUCCAAGCGUAUUAUUAAGCCUAGGACUCAGUUUGGCCCUUUGGAAGCACCAGUUCUGUUAGGAGGGGCUGAUCUACCACCAGAAGUUUUUGAUAUCAGGAUAAUCAGACAGGGGAGACAGGAACGUCUGGAUCUCAGCCAAGAGGAAGCAUGUAACUGGAUGAUGUUUGUGAGGCCAGCAACAGUCUCUCAAGAAGCCAAUCUUGGAGCAUACCAGCUGCAUGAUCAGAUCUACUAUAUAUCUACCAAGACAAUCAGUCAAAUGUCUGAACUACGAGUCUGGUACAUUCCCACCUAUGGACAACUUUUUGGAAAAGAGCCCCUUAUGUCUAGUGUUCCUCUGCACCACAGACCUUCUAAUGAAACAGAAGCAUCUUCCCCAGAGCAUGAGCCUGAUGGACAUACUACUCGAGCAGCAGCUACCCUGUCUACUGAAAAGCUUGUGUGUGGUUUCUGCAACACUCUUUUCCGCAGUCUGUCUCAGCUCGUGGCCCAUACAUGUAACACGCUUGAUGACACACAUUGUCCUGAUGUUUCUUCAAGGCCAGCACGUCGUAAGGGGCUGCCACGAAAGAUGGGAAGCAUAAGCAAAAAGGAUCGAUCCCGCAGCCAAAUUUCAGCACAGCCAACACUUUCCACUCUGCAACCUGAUGCAGUUCAGUCCACAUUAGAACAAAACCAAAAAAUAGAUGUUGCUCCUAGUCAGAAAAUUAUGAAGAAACGGGGACGUCCAAAAGGCAGCAAGACAAGGCAAAUUUCUGAUGAUCCAGCAAGAACAAUCAAGCAAACAGACGGAAAUCGUAAACGUAAAAAGCCAAGAUUGGAUUGUCGCUUUUGUCACCGUUCAUUUUAUAGUGAGGAACAGUAUCGCAUUCAUGAAGCUGAGCAUACAGGUACCAAACCAUAUAUUUGUGAACAUCCAGGUUGCAAUAAAGGUUUUGGGUCAAAGUUUAAGUACUGGAGACACUCGUUAGUCCAUCAGAAACCACAAAAUCGUAUUUGCACUUACUGUAAUAGAAGUUUUAAUCGUGUUGACCACCUAAAAAAUCAUGUGAUGACACACAACUCAAAGCGCAAACUCUGGACAUGUGAAAAAUGUGGCAAACAAUAUUUAUACCACUCUACCUAUUUGUUCCACAUUGCUCUUCACAAGGCUAGAGAAAGUCCAACUCUGAGCUGCUCACUGUGCAAUACAGAAUAUCCUACACGUGAGGAAUUGAUUAACCACGUGAAAUCUCAUAAUCGUUACAAGCCAGAUCCAGGUAAACCUAAGAGCCAUCAGUGUCCAGAAUGUCAGAAACUUUUCACUACAAAAAAAGAUGUCCGACGACACAUGGUAACUCACACCAAAGAUCGCUCUUUCCUUUGUGAAUUUUGUCCUCAAACCUUUGCACGUAAAGACCAUCUCAGACGUCAUUAUAAAUCUAAUCAUAAGAAGGAGGUACUAGAGCAGGCUCAUUUGGAUUUCCGAUGUACUGUGUGUCUUAGUGUUUUCAAGUCAGAAGAAUACCUUCAAUACCAUACAGAAAAUACCCAUUCUUCAAGUUCUGAUGUCAUUGUGAAUCCUAAAAAGAAUGAUCGCCAGGUAGCUCAGCAGAGAGUGAUUCAAAAUGUGCAAUCUUCCACACAAGUGAUGUUGGUGCCAGUCCAGAAAUUCAAUGAUACUUCACAGGAGCAAGUGCAGCAACAUGUCUUACCUCAGCACUCGCUGUCACGCAAUUUACUACAGCCACAGCAUUUGCAAUCACAUCAGCAACCCCAGCCCAUCCAUAUUCAUAUCAGCCAACAACAACAACAGCAACAAAAGCUUACUCUUCAGUCAGCUUCUUUUCCAAGCAACCUUGCUGCAGGUAUGUCUGGCGGCCAAGCCAUAGAGGUGCUAGGUGAAGGUGACCAUUAUAAUUCUCAAGCACCCCAAAUGUUAAUGCUAAAAACUGUCCCUUACCGCUUUUCUCCUCGCUUACCUCAGCCAGCACCAGCCACAAUUGCUGCAGCACUCUCACAUAACCUUCGACAGAUUCCUGACUCGUAUUCUCAACUACAUCAACACCAGCAGCAGCAGCAGCCUCAGCAAAGCCAAACACAGGUUUCAGCUCAGCAUCAAGCAUAUGUGAGCACAGACAACCUCUCUGCUGUCUCUCAUCCAACCAUUGUGUCCAUGCUAGCAGUCUCCACAACAGAUGGACUCCUGGAUUCCAGCAUAAAAGGCCAGACAGUUUAUUCACAGGAUGGAACUGGGCAUCUGAAACCACUACCUGCUCAGUGGGUUCUUACGGGCAGCAUUCCUUCCCCCUUGACUGAGGUAUCAGCAGCCCAUGCUGACAUGAGCGAUCACUGUUAUGCAACAGCUACAUCUGGUGCAGUCAGCGCAAAUACUGAGGCAGGGCUAAAACUGACUGCCUUGCCUGCAGGAUCCAAAAUAAUGGGACAUAUGCCCCACACAUUAGAACAAGAUACUUUACGCUUUUUCCAGUCCUAUUCAACUGGAACUGAAACAGGAGCCACAGUACAAUCUGUCUCUCAGUCUAAUGGGACAGUAGCCUCUUCUGGAUUGCAGACUACGUGGGACACAAUUUCAGACCUGGUGACUAUUCCAUUAGCUGACUGUGACAUAAUGCCACCUAUCACAGUCCCUCAGCCAUCAAUCAUCAACCUGCCAAUUGCAGUUAAUGUGCAAGUUGGUGAUGGCACUGUAUGUGCCAGCAGUUCUGCACUUUCACAUCAAACCUAAGGUUGUUUGACAAACCUCAGCAAGUGCCAUUUGGUUGCUCUAGCAACUAUUAUAGUAUAUGCACUCAUAACUUCAUCAGUGAUAAAAAGGGCCUGUGUCAUCUGUUUAUACUUUUCUGAUAGAAGUAAAUUUAUGCUUUAGAUCUGUUAACUUUAGAAGGAAUAUGUAUAUUUAAUAACAAUCUAAGAAAUGUAAUGACACUGAAAGCAGGAGCAAGUCAAAUAAGUAGAGUAAGAUAAGAUUGGAUACCAGUAGAAAUGCACCUCCCAUCAUGCUGAGUGAACACUUAUUCAAAGACAGGAGAAUAACCAAAAUGGAAUCUGAAUUUUUGUUUGUUGUUGUUUUGUUGUUUUUUUUUUUGGGGGGGGGGAUUUUGAUGUCUUGGUAUUUGUUUUACAAUAUAAGAAGCACUAAGCAGCAUUGUUUUGUACUUUCAGAAGUCUUUCUGUUAUGUACUGAGGGUAAUAGUUUGCAUUCAGAGAACAAUUUAGAUAACAGUUUAUGGUAGUUCUCAUCAGUAUAUAAUUUGAAAAAAUUUUACCAUUGCUAUUUUGUUUACCAAGUGUUUCUCAAUAACAUUGGUUUUAAGUUUAAUAACAAACAGGUAGGACAAAUAUUGAAGAAUUGUGGACAUCCUGAAUAAAUUUAGGUGAAUGUUG